AUGUAUCAAACACAGCGCUCGCUGAUGCUUCCACGCAUCAUUGGAUAUUUCAACGUACUCGCGAUAUUCUUGGGACUCACACGGUUUCGCAUCGAUUUCAAAGCACAGCGCGUGCUUCAAUCCCGGCACGUUGCGCGCUUUGUGAUUUGCGUAAAUAUUGCCUACUUGUUGGCCUUGCCGGUUUUCUACUUUUAUGAGGCCAUGUAUACUUCUUCACAAUUCGAAGAAAAUUUGGUUUUCCUCACGGAAUCGGCGAAUAUGUUCAUUAGUAUCGUUGCUGCGGCACUGUCGGUGCUAAUGCGUGGUCGGCGAGAGGGCAUACAUUUGGAAUUGGCGGAAACAAUUAUGGCACUUGACCGACGACACUUUCGGAGUAUGUAUGAUGGCCAAAGGCCGGUGACUCAUCGUUCGGAUCAUCUGUUGUACUUUAAAAUGUUUACACUAUGCCUGCAGACCGUUGUUCCUUUUUACGAUUGGCUGACAGUCAGCGAUGCGUUGGAUGUUCCUGCGUUUCUGCAGACCUUCUACUAUGUCUACUCGCAAAGCAUACUGGCGAUGGCCCUCUUCAUGUACUACCACUGGUUGUGGGUGCUGCGGAAGCGCUUCUGUUAUCUCAACUUGACCGUGAUUGAUUUGCUGCGUCGGCUGCAGCAGAUGCCUAUUGGAGGCACGCAACAGCGUUCGGUUAUAGAAGCUACCACCAUUUUGAUUAAAAUAUCGCAAGUACAUGCGCUGUUAAAUAGGCUGCUGUCGCAUCUAAACAGGGAUUACAAAGUGCAGAUUUUGGCUGUGUUGCUAAAGAAUGUGAUUGAGUGCAUUUCGUUUGGGUAUUAUUUGACUUUGGGGUUGAGUGGCUCCAUGGAUUGGGAGUUCAAUGUGGACACUUUAUUGUUCCUUUCAUAUGCGAUCAUAUUGUUCGUUGAUCUGAAUUCGAUUUACUGGAUUUCGCAUAUGAUUACAGACGCACAGCAGCAAAUGUCGGAAAUAAUGCGACGUUUCCAGCUGUUACCCUCGCUAGGUGAAGAAUUCGAUCAACAGUGUGAGCUCUUCGUCAUGCAGCUGACGGGUCAGCAGAUGGACAGCAAACUGGCUGGCAUGUUUCAAAUGAAUCGCGAAAGAGCGUUGGCGUUUUGGGCGUAUUCGUUGACUCAGAUAAUUGUACUGGUACAGUUCGACAUUGGUUUACAAUUACAACCAUCGACGGACAAUGCAGUCUUGAACAGAUUGGAUAAAUUAUUUCGUGUCAACGAUGACGAAGAAUAA